AUGAAAAGGAUUGACAGGAUUGAGAGGGAAUUCAAGGAUAUGACUUCGAAAGAUUAUCUGUACAGCAUCGGUAGGGAUUCGAACGAUUUGUUCAAAUGGAAAGCAAUGAUUCAAGGUCCGGAGGGUACUCCGUACGUCGGUGGCAUGUUUCGUAUCGACAUUAACUUUCCUGAAGAUUAUCCUUUCAGCGGACCCAAGUGUACGUUCAAAACUCCGAUAUACCAUCCAAAUAUCAAUUCUCAAGGAUCGAUAUGUCUUGACAUUCUUAAAGACAAGUGGAAUCCCUCUCUUACCGUUGAAAAGGCCCUUUUGUCCAUAACUUCACUAUUGGCGGAUCCAAACCCGGAUGAUCCUCUCGUACCAGAGAUUGGAGAGCUCUUUAAGAAAAACCGGUUUCAGUUUAACCAGAGAGCUCGAGAAUGGACCGAACGACAUGCUUAA